AUGGGGGUAGAUGUUGUAAAGAAAGGUGACUAUGUUAUUAUUCAAAAGCAAAAUUAUACUAAAAUACACAGAAUAAAAAAAGAUACGGUAACGAUUGGAAAAGAUGAAGUUGAUAUUAGUUCAAUUGUUGGAGAGCCUUUUUGGACGACGUAUAAAUUAGAACCAAAGGCAAAUUCAAAACGUUGUUAUGUGUUGAAAAAAUCUAAACACACAAUUAGCAUAUCUGAUGAAAUUAUCAAAGAUGUUACUAGUGGAGUUGAUAACAGAGGUAUUAUAGAUGAUGGUUCAUCACAAAAAUUAUCAACUCAAGAAAUAAUAAGCUUAAGAGAAAAUGGAAUGUCAGCUCAAAACAUUGUUUCACAUUUAAUCGAAAACAGUAAAACAUUUUUUAACAAAACAGAAUAUUCUCAAGAAAAAUAUUUAAAAAAAAAGGAAAAAAAAUAUUUCGAAUACAUAACAAUUAGAAAACCGAGUUUUCGUCUCAUUUCUGAAGUUUUAUUAAGGCAACCUGUAAAAGUUUUAGGAUUGAGAAUGGAUACAUUAGCUCAAAUAUCAUCAACUGUUGGAAUCACUUCAGGAGCAUCAUUGAUUGAUCGAUUGGGUACAGAUGGAACAAUUAUUAAUUUUUAUUCUGGACCAUUAGAUCAACCUUCUCAAGCUGUAUUAGCUCUAAAUCUACCAAAAGAACAAUUAGACAGAUUGAUCAGUGUUAACAUUCAAACAUUUUUUACAAACGAUAACGACGAUCAAGAUAAUUCCAAUUUAAAUUCAGAGCCCGAAAACACAAACAAUUUAUCCCGCGAGAGCAAUGAAAUAUUAGGUAAAAGAAAAAAUGAGGGAGAGACUCGCGUGGGUGGUAAAAUGAGAAAAAAAAAUGAAGAUACGGAAAAAGCAUUGAAAAUAUUAAACGAAAAAAAAGGUGAUGCGUUGAUUAUAGUCGGUAAAGAACAUCCGACGAAUAUUUUCAUGAAAUUAAUAAAAUUUCUUGAGAUUUCGAGACCUUUUGUCGUGUAUUCACCACUGAGAGAACCCCUACAAGAUUUAUACUGCGAUUUAAAACAAAGAAACGAUAUAAUAUCGUUGAGGCUAACGGAAAGUUGGCUGAGAGAUUAUCAGAUACUACCCGAAAGAACUCAUCCAGAUAUAAGAAUCAGUGGGAGCGGUGGAUAUUUACUUUCUGGUUUUUACGUCAAUUCUUAA